UUUGAGUUGAUUAAGAGUAGACAACCAAAGUUUACACCUUUUUUUUCCUCUCAACAAAGAAAAAAACAUCACAUAAUUAAAAAGAGAGAGAAAAUGGAUGGAAAGAGGAAAAUAUAUGUAGCAAUUGUAAUAAUACAAGCCAUAUAUACUGGGAUGUUCUUGCUUUCAAAAGUUGCCUUUGAUGUUGGAAUGAACCCUUUUGUGUUUGUAUUCUAUAGACAAGCUGCUGCUGCUGUCUUCUUAACACCUAUAGCCAUGUUUCUUGAAAGGAAAACAGCACCACCAAUGUCAUUCUUGAUUUGCUUCAAGAUUUUCAUGCUCUCUCUAUGUGGGGUUACAUUGAGCUUGAAUAUUUAUGGAGUGGCACUUAAAUACACUUCAGCAACUUUGGCUGCUGCAACUACUAACAGCCUUCCAGUUACUACUUUUCUCCUUGCAAUUUUACUUAGGAUGGAGAGUGUGAAAAUGAGGACAUGGGGAGGGAUAGCAAAGGUUAUGGGCAUAGUGUUUUGUGCAGGAGGAGCAUUAACAAUAGCAUUUUUUAAGGGUCCAACAAUGAAACUUUUGAUGCAUCAUCAUCUAUUUAGCUAUCAUGGUCAAGUGCAAAACAGUGCUGCUUCUGGCAAUACAUGGAUCAAAGGUGUCUUCCUUAUGUUACUUGCUAAUGCAUUAUGGGCUACUUGGCUUGUCAUGCAGAACCAAGUUCUCAAGAGUUACCCAUCAAAGCUACUAUGUACAACUCUACAAUGCUUCAUGAGUAGUAUUCAAUCAUUUGUUUUUGCCAUAGCUUUAGCAAGAGAUCCUUCUGAGUGGAGACUUGGAUGGAAUGUUAGACUCCUCUCUGUUGCCUAUUGUGGAAUAGUUGUGACUGGAGUUACAUUUUAUUUACAAGCUUGGGUUGUUGAAAAGAAAGGUCCAGUUUAUAUGGCCAUGACUACACCUUUGGCCUUAAUUUUUACAAUUGCUGCUUCUGCUGUGCUUUUUGGAGAGAUCAUUAGUUUGGGAAGCAUUUUAGGAGGGAUAUUGUUGGUUGGUGGUCUAUACUGUGUACUUUGGGGGAAAUCUAAAGAACAAAAUAUGAAAACUUCAAAUAUUGAAGAUAUUGAAAAGGCAGAGAAUGGAUCAAAGGAAGAAUCAAUCUUGGAGAAACAAUCCUCAACACCAAAUGCAAGAAUCCAACACGCUUGUUCUCCAACUUAAUUAGAGGUCUCGGAAAUAAAAAAUAAUAAUUAAUGUAUGUUCACCGAUGAAAAUAACUUAUUAUUCGUAUAAAAUAAUUAUUGUUCGUGUAUCGUAUGUGUCUCACAUGCAAGAAAGAAUCCUUUUGGCAAGGAGGGAUUUAGGAGCUUCAAUCUCAUUGUGUACAAUUAGCAUAGUGUUUAGGAUAAUUCAUGAUCAGAUACUAAUUGAGUUUUAUGUUGUAUGUGGGAACUAGCUAUUAUUAAUGCGACUAUUAAUAAAGGUUAGUAG